AUGAUUGGAUGCAGUAUCCCGCAGCAAGUGUGGGCUGUUCCCACGGAAAUACCCCGCUCAGUUGCUGAGCUGCAGCGGCUUGGACUCUUGCUUCCGGAAGGUCUACGGCCAUCCAUUGCACCUCCUUCGGACCAACAUGCAGAUGAUUUCAUACUGCUACCGGCAGAACCAGGUGUCACUGAGGCACUCACCCCGGAUCGAUGGCUUAGCGUCACCGUACAUGCAGUGCACCAUGUUCCCAGGCAUUAUGCUGUUGCUCUCACGCUCCGACAGGGACUUGUGAGUUUGGUCAGCAAGGUCAGGCGCUUUGUUCAGCGUGACCGGCCCCUCCUGUCAUGUGUUGUGCCGGUCUCGCCUCAGCGAUUCAGCGGCUCGGCCGCCUUUCUUGCUCAUCCGGCAUGCCUCGACGAACUAGAGCUAGUGGCAGGCAUCAUCGACCUGACUCAUGUAGGAGGGCAGUACUUCGCAACAUGUUUGCCGACUAGGUGCACGGCCGAGGACCUCUUGAACGAUGUCGCUGCAGAGCUUGAUUGUGAAGUCUCUGAGGUCAGCAUAUAUGUCGGAGCUGGGUUUCGACUUUGCUCCGGGGCAGACAGGCUAGGCCUCUGCCACGGCGACGCAAUCACCAUCUUGCGCACGGGUGUGCCAACCCCGCAGCCCGUCCUCAUUAGUGAGCUCUUCCAGAUAGGCGAAAUGUGGGACCUUCCCGGAGAUGUGCCAACUGCUCAUAGGAGGCCUUGCAUUGCCGUUUGGUUCCGCGACGGGUGGCAUGUCCUCCAGACAGCACUGUUCCCGGGCCGAGACAUCCUUAGUAUUGUCUCUGAGCGGUUUCGUGUUUCCGCGGAUUUGCUUCAAAUCGAGGUGUCCUUGUGCGUUUUUGGCUUCGCUUUGUGGGGCGAGCCUUGCAGCUCUGUUGCAGUCAUACAUGAACAUCCUGGGCUUUUGCCUGAGGACGACGAGUGCGAUACUUGGAGCCUGAUUUGUGACCUCAGGCCGAUCGGAUUGCUGCCCAAGGUGCUGUCGGUGCCUGCCCAGGGGUUCUGUCUUCAGGACCUUGAACGCCUUCUCGUUCUGCCUGUAGGUCGAGGGAUUCGCUAUGCAUUGCAAGAGGUUGGUGAGAUACCUGCAGAUGGCACGCCGAGUCUACAUACGCUGCUAGUGACCGCCUCCCCUGAGCGCGACGGUGCCCGACUCCAGGUACCUAGAACCUACCACGCAUGCGGAGCCAUCGCUGCAAUCGUCCAGGGAUCUUAUUUCUUCCGGGCCAGUGAGGAACCGGGUCCCCCCCUCUUUGUCCAUAGGACAGCACGGCACCCGCGGCCGCCUAUAGCCUCGGACUCCGAUACGAGUGAAAAUAGUGCCCACAGCCUUUCUGUUUCCAUACAAGUGCUAGUUUUGGCUGUAGAUUGGAUCGGCAAGGUUGUUGCGGUUGAUGUUCGUGUGCCCGAAACGGAGCAAGACCUUUUCGCUGCGGUUGAGGAAGAACUGCCGCAGCACUUUGCGCUCCGGUACCCGCACCUUGUCUCUGUCUGGCCCCAACCUUCGGAUGAGUGGGCGACGGUUUUGGCAUUGCCUUGCUGGACCGACAGCGCGGAUAUUGUUGUCCUGGACUUGCGGCAGGUCGAUGGUAGGCUGUUUGCCACGACGUGUGCCCCAGUUGUCAUGCGCGGCAGCCUUUUUGACCUGGCUGAUGUUGCUGAUGAUGGUUCCUGGCAAGUUGUCGCAUUCGGACGGCCCCUUGUUGACCGUGACGCUAUGAUCCCAAUUGUGCGCCAUGGUUGCGUUGCUUUCAAGCGAGCUGGGGUUCUGGGACCGCGAACACAUACGCUUGCUGCUAUGCUGGCGUCUCCUUUCGGCUGGGAUGAUGAAGUUGACGUGCCGCUCGGGCCCGGCGGCCGGCGAGGGAACUUUGUCUGCAUUGUUCUGGAAGAUGGCAUGAGGCUUUUCCGCAUCCCGCCUUUUCGAGGACGCCACCACCUCGAAGACAUCUCUGAAGCUUUUGGGCUUGCCUUGCACUGGACCACGGCUCGCGUUGCACGACCGGCUGUGCAUGAUGCCUGCUAUCGCGGUCACCGGUGCCGGGGUGUUGCACUGGUGUCCGGGUCCUUUCCGAACGUGCCUGUUCCUCCAGCUUUGUUUCGCCCCGGGGAUUUCCCCAUUGCACUUGACUGCAGAGCCAUUCUUCAGGGCUGGCAGAUGCAUCUUGUUUUCGAUUUCCGGUGCUCCCAUGCGGAGCUGGUGCAGCAGUACUCUACCCUUGCGCCCCCCGACUUUCAGGCACAGAUUGAUGGGGCCAGCCUUGUCCAUGACAACUUUGUGGUCCAUAGCGGGAGUGUACUCACAGUGCAAUGGGUUCCUGUAUCCCCGGAGCCCUCCAUCGGGCAUGCGCCGGAGGAUGUCGCAGUGCCUUCGGACGCUGAUUCUGCCACCUUUGCUGAUCCUGCGCCUCAUGCUGCCAACACUGGGUCGGAUGAAGGGGCUGCGCUCACUUCCCCCGGCGGCCGUAGCCGCUCGCCAUAUCGCACGCGAUUUGCUGGAGCGCUUGCAGCGGCCUGCUUUGUACAACAGCCGCCUGUCCUCAGUGCUGUGGUGGUUGCGCGCGGCCCGGACCACGAUCUGCCAGGAACGGGUCUAGGGCUACCGGCAGCAUCAGCUGAUAUGCAACACUGGCUUGCGCAAGGCCGUUCGCUUUUGCAGCGUCCUCCACCGGAUGUGAUGCGAUGGGCGCCGGAUCUCCUCCCACUUCAAGAGGAUGAUCUCAACCUGACAGGCGACAUUGUUGAGAUUCCCUUUCUUGUCUUUGCGCUUGAAUACUGGCCGCAGAAAGUCAUCAUACACGUUGCUGUGCCCGUUUCUGGAAUGCAGGCGCUUGCCGCUGUCAAUGAAGCGCGGGACGGACCGUCGCGUGCGCUUUUCCCACAUCUGAUUCCUGCGUACCCCCAGUCCCGGGCUGGAGUUGGACUACUCCUAGCCAUGCCGCAGUGGCCACUAACAGAUGUGCCGGUUCUGGUUGACCGAGAGCAUUUCGAUGGCCGCAUGCAUUGCGCGGUGCUCGCACCUGCCAUGACACGAGCUUCCAUCCUGUCUGCCAUUGGUGUUGAGCCGCAUGCCGCAAUUCAGGUAUAUGUGAGUGAUUCGCCUCAGGCCCUAGGUCCCACCGAGGUUUGUUUCCUCUCACCUGGAGACAUGCUUUGUGUUGCUUGGAGAAGGCACCCAGUUCUUGUCGCAGCCAGCCUUGACGACAUGUUGCAGUCAGCAGCAGGUUGGAACUUGCAGGUUGAUCUCCCUGGGCACUUCGAUAGCGCUCUUUGGGUGCUCACAGAAGCCGAGCCGGUCUCAGUUGAUCUCACAGCGUUGGGUCACCGAUUACUUCGGGACAAGCUUGCUGAGGUUUCGAAUGUCUCGCGCGCUGAUCUGACGGUCUGCACCGCCUUCCCGCGCAUCUGGGAUCAUUGCGCUCACGGGGUUUAUCACCGAUCCGUGCUUGCGGCGAUCCGUAGCGGUCCCCUGCCACUCCGUCCUGCCCGCCGCACUGUCUUUCUUGACAUGAGGCCUGUGCUGCAUGGAAUCACCUGCGUCUCUGCUGCGCCUCCCGGCUUCAACCUUGAGGCCUUUGUGAGGAGAUUCACCGUCCAUUGCCCGGAAGGCUUCUUUGUGCAGGUGCGUGGGGGCGAUGCCGUGCAUACUGAUUUUGGGGUGCAUCUUGCUGUGCCUGAUGGCGGUGUGCUUUCCGUGCACUUUGUGCAGAAGGUGUGCAAUUGCCUAGCCGACCUGCCCUCUCGGCGCACUGAUGGCACAGCCCAGCACGGCGGCUCUGGGUCAGAAGGCACCGAGCAUUUUGAUCUGACUGACGGUCAGUGCCUUCUGCCAUGCAGUGCUGAGCACCUGCAGACACUGCAACAGAAGGUGCGACCUUGUGCCCUUGGGGGCAUCCCCACAGGAGUGCCCAAGCCAUGGCGGUUUCAGGAUUGGGUUGAUUCAGGUUCGGUCGGCCGCCUCCCAGGUCCUGGCGAGAGACUUGUCCUCACAGCAGAUGGCUCCUUCUGCUCGCGCACAGGGUCGGCGGGAUGGGCUGUUGUACUCAGUGUCGCUGCCAGUGAGGAUCCCGGACACGGGCAAUUCGUUGGCUGUCUCUUCGGUACUGUCGACACGGCAAUAAUACAGGAACCGUGCAGCGCCUUUGUCGCUGAGGUCGCCGGCCUGCUUUGGGCCGGAGUGGUUGCGUUUCAGCAUCCAACCUUUGCGGACCUCACUUUUCGUGCGGACAAUCAGGCCGCCCUUCAAGGAGUUGAAGGUAAGAUGCUCAUGCCUGAUACUUGCUUGUCGCUUGCGGCUCGGAGCUUGCACUUUGCUUUGGCCGUUUUGAAUCAACGGACACUCGCAUAUCAGCAUGUUCGCGGGCAUGAUGGUGAUUGUGCCAAUGAACUGGCAGACGGCCUUGCCAACUUCGGAGCUGUCGGCAAACAACGUCUGUUGCCAUUCACCUUCCCCCUCCAUGAGUGGCUUGCUGACCGUGCAGCUCGUGCGCGCUGGUUGCCGCACGUAUGCCUUAGCAUCACUCGACCAUCUGUGCUUCCAACGUUGCGCAAUGGUCUUCUCUCUUGGACGGCAAAACAGGAUGCGCCGCGACUCACGCCGCAUCAGCUUAUGGGACCUUUCACUCGAGCCCUUGGCGCUGCGGGUGGUCUUGCUGCCUCCGCUAGCUUUGACUUUCAGUGUAGGUGCGCAUCCUUCAACUCCUUAUCGCUCCUUGACCCAGCUAGUGCUGAAGUUCAGGGCGGCGGCCUGUAUGGCGCCGCCGGACGCGUCGGGCUACUCGCCAACUCACUAGCCGCAUGUCAGGUGUAUAUAGCGGGAGUGCAGGAAACACGUACGCCGGCCGGCAGUUGCAUGCAGGCGCUGUACGCCCGGUACGGCAGCGGGUGCAACGAGAGAAGGUGCUAUGGAGUUGAGCUGUGGGUUGCUCGAGGUGAAUCAUGGCCGUCCCACGUGUUUUCGGUGAGCCACGCGGACCCUUGCCGCUUAAUCGGUCAUUUGCAGUUCGCUGAACUUUCGCUGAAUGUGCUAGUUGGGCACGGGCCUCACCGCGCCUUUUCGGAUUCAGCUCGCCGAGAAUGGUGGGCGGACACCCUCCGACUAUGCAGGACAAGCCUCCAAGGCUCGGAUUGGCUCGUGCUCGUGGACGGCAAUUGUCGUCUUGGUUCCGAAGUUUCAGCCUUUGUCGGAGGCCAUCAGCCAGAUGUCGAAGAUGUUGCCGGCACUGCCUUUCACGAGCUUCUGGGUUGCCUGCAUUGCUGGCUGCCCAGCACAUUUGAGUACUGCAUGGAAGGAGAUGGGGGCACUUACAUGCAGUCGCAAACACAAGUGCUCCAUCGUUGCGAUUUCGUCGGGCUUCCCAGCUGUUGGAAUGUGUGGCAUGUGCGCGCUUUCGUUGAACCGGGCAUCACCGCGGGACACGUUGCGCCAGACCAUUUCGCAAUAGUGGUAGAAUGUCACAUUGCCCUACAGCGGAGGCGCGGAGGCAAGAAGGCCAAACGCAUUGACCCUGUUGCGCUCAAGGACCCGCGCAAUGCCGAACGCAUUGACAGCAUUUUGCGUGAUGCACCUCAGGUUGAGUGGAGCGCCAAUGUUAACGAUCAUGCAGCGGUUGUGGUUGAAUACCUCUUUGGGGCUCUUUCUAGUAACUUCCCCCUAGCCAAUAGGCGCAUGCGUAAAUCCUUUCUUUCGGCAGAAGCAGGGACUUUGCAUGCAGCCGUCGCGCAUCUGCGCUAUGCCCUGCGCAACCGGUCUGCGGCAUUGCGACUGGCGCGCUUGAGAUGCGCAUUUCUUGCUUGGCGGGGUUCGGACUGCUUUCCCGACUUGUUCUUCGGUGAAUGGGCCAGUCAUCUGCAGCUCGUCAUUUCCGCUUUGGCGUCCCGGCUUGCGGAUGCUGGUCAAGCCCUCAAAAGAAUUUGCCGGCGGGACAAACGCUUGCACAUUGACUCUCUUGCAGAUCAGGUCCAACAAGCGCCUGACGGCGAGGUUCAUGUUGCUCUGCGGCGGAUGCUGCGACCCAAGAAGUUUCGCCGCUCCGGACAUGACCCCCUGCCGCGUCUUCGCAACUCCGAAGGAGGCUUCUGUGCGUCGCAAGCUGAAAUCACCGCAGAAUGGCGUUCCCACUUCGCGGCGCUUGAGGGCGGCCGCGCAGUCUCUCUUGAUGAACUUGUGCAUGCUGUCGUUCAAGGGCAGGCGCAGGCGGAUCCAGUCGAGGUAUUGCACUUUGACGAAGUUCCGGACCUGCCCUCUUUGGCCGUGCAUUUUCGCGCUGUGUCUCCAAAUAAGGCAUGCGGACCGGACUGGCUUCCUCCAGCCUUAUGCAGGCUCUUCUCCUUCCAAAUGGCGGAGGUGUUCUAUCCUGUGCUCUUGAAGACCCUCGCGUACACCGCAGAACCGGUCGGGAUGAAAGGAGGAACCUUGUACAGGAUUCCAAAAGCAGGGGCUCCUGACCCGUGCUCGGUGACUUCACAGCGUGCCAUCCUGGUGCAAUCCGUUCUCGAGAAGGUCAUGCACAAAGCAGUUCGUGGCCUUACUGUUCGGGAAUGGAACAAAACCGCGCCAGAUCUCAUGAUAGGGGGGCGUAAGGGUCAAAGUUACGUCUUCGGGUUUGUCUGCACUCGUGCCUUCCUUGAGUACACUCGCCGCCGCUCUAUUCCAUCUGCUAUCCUCUUCACCGACAUCAGUUCGGCUUAUUAUUCCGUGAUUCGUGAGCUGCUCACAGGUGGCAAGUUGGAGCAGGCGAGUGUCCUCGAAAUCGCGGCGUCCUUGGAGCUUACGCCCGAGGAUUUGCAGGCCCUUCAGGCCCACGUGGCAGACGAGCCCGUGCUCUGUGGCGAAGACUCUGGACCUCUUCUGGCGGCACUUACUCAAGAGCUACACUCAGGAACUUGGUUCCUGAUGCACCAGGAUGCUGAGGUCGUUCAUACCCGCCGGGGCACUCGCCCCGGCAGCAGCCUUGCUGACGUUUUGUAUGGGCUGCUCUUCACGCGUGUACUCCAACGACGCGGAGACUUUGCGUCCGAAGGCUGGAAGCCGAUCAUUCCUUGGAAUGGACGCCGAGACCUGCAGCCCUACGAUGGCAGGGCAGCGCAGCAAACAUCCGUCGAGGUACAGGACCUGGUGUAUGCUGACGAUCUGGCGACAUGUAUAGUCGAACGACAAGUUGCCAGGCUCCCAGCCGCAGUUCGUGGUGUGGCGAGUACAUCAAUUGAUGUCCUCUCCGGGCACGGUCUCAGGGCGAACGUUGGCCCUCGCAAGACCGCGGCGUUGCUGGCGCCGGUCGGCGCGGGCUCUAAAGAGGUCCGCCGACAGGUCUUCUCGAUCAAUGGUGGCAGGCUCCCCAUUCUGCGCGAGAAUGGUCCUGGGGUAUGGCUCACGGCCGUUGCACAGUACAAACACCUGGGAUCCCGGAUCUCCUUUGACGGCAGCAUGGCAGCAGAGGUGCGCUCCAAACUGCAGUCGGCAAGGGCAUGCUUUCAUGAAGGCAAACGGGACGUUUUCUGCAGCCCUAGGAUUGACCUGGCCCGCAGAGUCUCGCUUUUUCGCACCCACGUGCUGUCGUCGCUUUUCGCGGGCAGUGGGGGUUGGCCGUGCCUCUGUAAGCGUGGGUGGUCCCUUCUUGAGACGGGCUUUUACCGCAUGCUGCGGCAGAUGCUCCGCAUUCCCAGGCACGAGGAUCAGAAGUGGACGUAUGAGCGUAUUUUGGCGGCUGUCGGCCUCCCUUCGCUCGAAGGUUUCCUUGCACUGGAGCGCUUGCGCUUCGUGGCACAACUUGUCCGCAGUGGGCCGGAUGCAGUUUUUGCCUUGAUCCAGCAGGCCCCCGGCUUCCUCCGGGCCAUUGGUUUGGCAGAACAAUGGCUGCUUCUGGCCACGGAGUCCACUGGCAGCCCGGGGUCUUUCGCAGGGGCUUGGCCCGCCUGGUGUGACUUGAUGAACUGCCGAGGGCGUUGGAAAGGCCUUCUGCGGCGAGCCGAACGCUGGCAUGUCCAGCGUAUAGGCGCUCUUGCUGAGUACCAGCAGGACUGCCAUGCUUGGUCUGCUCAUGUUUCCCUGCGCUGCUGUCAAGCGCUCGAGCGGGGCUUUGACGGGCUCUUCGAGGUUGUAGAGGCUCGGCACGGACAUGAGCAGGGACCCUCCAUCGAGGGCGUGGGUACUGCUCACCUGCCGCCGCUCGCGGAUUCAGUUUCCACUCCUUUGCUUCGGGUGCUCCAGGAGGGCACUUGGCAGGAGGCUGAGCAAAUCUUCGAUGCUGUGAUUGCUGUGAUUGAGCCUCUUCCUGUAAUUCGGAACACGGUUGAGCUUUGGAUCAUAGGCCUGCCUUCGCUGCUCGUGUCCUCCGUUGACACAGGAGUCCGUCCGGUUAUCGCCUGA